AUCUCCAGCCGCAACUCUUCUUCUUUCACUCUCUUUUGACGCACACAGCCUCGACGAGAGCUUCCAAAGGUCCCACGACUUCAACCGGCCACCGCACGACGGUGGCCAAAACCCACCUAACAGAAAGACCAAAACCUAGAACAACCGAGACCACCACACAAAACCGAGCCUUCAAACUCAAAACCCCGGACACCAAUGACGGCCGAGCAAGCCAAACGACCUCCAACAGUCCCUCAACUCUCUGAUCUACUUCUAGUCCCCGAAUCGAGGCUUGGCACCAUCCCGAUGGCCUUUCUUAACUCAACCGAGGCCUCUCGAUGAAAGAAAAACCUAAGCUAACCCACAUAACCGAGACCCUCGGGUUCUACUCCUCUCACUUCCCACUCUCACGACAAACCAAGACGAGACUCCUAUCUCUAAGGGUAUGGACAGAUCGGUUGGAAAUGGUGAAGGCACGGGCACGAGUUGGGAAUGGUGAGCCCCGGUCUUCUCGGGCGUGGUGUUUGGCAGGGCGUUGGGAGUGUUGUCAGGCAUACUGCUCGAUUCUGAUGCUUCACGUGGGAGGCAGUGGAGUAUGGGCAGCUGCAAUGCUGCUCGAUCAGUGUGCUUGCACGCACGAGCUGCUGCUCGGUUGGGGAAUUUGUGGGUGUUACCGGGUUUAAUGCUUUGGGCUCAGGCUGUAAUUAUUGUUGAGUCAUUUAUUUGA